UAAGACAGUCAUAUCUCGACCAAGUGACUAAAAAGUAGAAGAUGAUUGUUUGGAAGGUGAUUUGUCUUACGUUUCUCGUAAAUUCAUUAUCGAGUGCAACAUCUAACGCGCGUUCUUCAGUUCCAUUGUGGAAAUUGGCAACUUGCAAGGAACUUGUGACAAACUCGGACCAUUGUGAACAUUUUUUUCCCAUUGAUGUAUUUAAAAACAACCAAUCUAGUGAAUACAAAUUGUAUCUAAAGUUUUACGUGAUGACCGCCAGUGAUGCUAGCAUUAAACUUUCUAAUGGACGAGAUGCAGAAAUGGUCCUGUAUACAAUUGUUGUGGGUGGCAGUAGUAACACAUUCUCUCAAAUUCAAAACGCGACUGGGAACAAAGCAGGAAUGUACAGCAAUAGGACUGGAAUACUUUCACCCCUUUGGCCAACCCCCAUAGAAGUGCGCCAAAAAUACAACGGAGAGCUAUCGGUCGCUAUUCCUGGUGUUGUAGACCCACUUUUGAGAACGGAUGCCCCAGAUUUGGACAUGAAAUCACUGUGCCUUAACAAUCUGAGCGAGGGUCGAUGGUUUUACAAUUGCAACGAAGAUGACGUACACACAUAUCUCUACUGCUAGUAGACGCAAAAUAGGUCCACACUAAACUAGACUCUCAUCGCAGAGCAAAAGGACAUAAUGUGAAGUAAAUUUCAAUGCUGCGAAUAAAUAAAAUAAAUUUCAA